UACCAGCCUGGGUGUAUAAAAGACAGGGGUCCAAGGCUCGCCGAUUGAGCUGAUCGGAUGGCUUAUCUCUAUUUUCCAAACUCAUAUACUCUGUAAUAACCAUGGUUUCUUCCUAUAUCAUGAACGGCGCUCUUGUCGCUGGCCUUGUACCCGGCUUCAUUGGCAUCAACGGUCUCAUCCGACCAGACUUUGUCUUGAACAAAGUUAGCUUUCCCAUACCUACCGAACCAGAAGCCAAGAAGCUCAUACAUACUCUUACUCGACUUUUUGCAAUUCGAAAUAUCUCGGUCAGCUUUCUUAUAGCCACAGUAUGGACUACUGGUAAUCCCAGGCUACUGGGAACAGCAAUGGGUGGCGCGCUCUUCGUCUGCGUCAGCGACGGGUUUGUAAGUCGCAGUUGGGUUAAAGGCAGAGAAACGCAACACUGGGGAGUUGUCCCAAUCAUCAUUGGGCUAAUGGCAGGGCUGUUUGGAGCAUUUUAAAUUUGUAUAGAUAUUUAGCUAUUACAUCCAGUUAUUGGGAGUGUGGUUAUGCGUUAAGCGGGCGUCACUGGUUGGCACAGGGAAGCCACAAAUACAUUGACGCCGUAUUAUUUGACGCAAGCUUAAUUAAAUCGAUCGAUUAACAAGC